GAAGUAGCGCACCACCACCAAUGGCGACUCCCGGGGACGGAGAGGACGCGCCGCCGCCGCCGCCGGCCGCGGGGUCUGGAGGCAGCUUGAUCGCGAAGCUGGGGGAGCAGUGGAGGAGUACGAAGGAGCACGCCGAGACGUACCCGUACGUGUGGGGCUCCUACAUCCUCGUCUACGGCGGCCUGGGCGCCUACAUCUCCUGGCGAUGGAUCAAGCUCCGCCGCACCGAGGACCGCGUCCGCGCCCUCCAGGCCCGCCUCCGCCAGCUCGCCGCCGCAGAGGAGUCGCAGGCCGCUUCCACUCAUCCUGCCCCACCUCCACCUCCCCUGCAGCAGCAGCCGCCGCCGCCGACUGGGCCGGGCAAGCCCGCCUCCGCUCCGUGA